AUGAAUGACGGGGGGGCAAGAGGACGAGAUGACGAGGACGAAGAUGACGAAGAGGAUGAGGACGAUGGUGAGGACAAUAGCGAUGACGAAGAAGAGGAAGAGGAUAAGAACGAUGACGAUGACGAAGGCAAAGGCGUGGAAGAGGACGGGAACAAGGACAGUGACGAUGACGAGGGCGGGAACGAUAGCAAGGAUGAAGACGACGGCGACGGCGACGACGAUGACGACGACGAGGGAGAGGGCUUGAGGGCAGCGUAUGGCCCAACAUUCACGUUAAUGCAUUGCAAUCAUGGUGUAGAGUACAUUAGAUUUAGAGAUAUUGAUGCUUGUGUUGGAGAUGAAAGUAAGCUUCGUAGCGCUUACCUGUCCCUGCUACGACCCCCUUCCACGACUUCUCUGUUACGACCUCUCUCCCACGACUCCCCUAUUAUGACCUUCGUGAGAUCCACGUCCACACCUACGCCCAAAUCCACGCCCACGCCCAAAGUCCACACCGACGGCCAAAUCCACGCCACACCUAUUGCCUUAACCCACGUUCAAGUCCCCGCCUACGCUUAUGCCUCCGCCCACGCCCACAACUCCACCCACGCCCACACAACGUCCACGCCCACAAUUCCACCCACGCCCACACAACAUCCACGCCCACGCCCACACCUAUCGCCUUAA